CCACACGAUGAGCGAGUGGGCAGUCGUACAGAGUAUUUGCAGCCGUUCAGUAGUCAACGCAACAUAAAAGAUCGAAGCAACAACGGACUUUUAGUGGAUCACUAAACCGAACAAGAAGAUCACCAAACGCAAGUGAGCUGGUCCAGACAAACCAACUUAACAAACAAACAUACAUACAUAAAUAUGUGUCUACAUUAAUUUUGCGUAGUGCUUUCGGAGCAUUUAAUAUACAAGCUAAUAUACUUAAAAAUAUAUACAAAUAAAUAUCUACUGAUUUGUGUUCUAUCAGAGUGAAAACUCAUUUGACGUCGAGACGCCGUAAAAGUGUCUAUUUUUGUUAAAAGGAAAAUUUCUGCAAGUAAAAAAUCGCUAAGGUCGCAGAAAAUAUUACUGUAUUGAGUUAAAAUAUUUUCGCUGAGUGGAAAACAUUCGCGGAAAAUUUAUUAUUUGAUUUCAAGAGUCACAUUCAUGCUUUGUCUACGUCAACAGACAAAUUAUGCAAAUUUGCGAAAGGACAGCCACGAAAAAUAAUAAAAUAGGUACAAUUUAGAUCGUAUAAUUGUGAUUAUAAAAUUCAAAAAUUGCGUGAAAUAUCAUUCGUUUUAUUAGUUAAAUAUUGGAUCAAAUAAAUAUUUGAUAGUGAUAGUGCUUUUGUUUGCGCCCCUUGUAUGGUCAGAGUUAUGAAAGUGUCACCGUAUACACUGCAGCCGCCACCCUAUCGAAACAAACGAAACCCGGAAUAUCUAUUCGACGCAUCUAAAAGUUGUCAUAAAAAAUUCGAGAUCGUCGCACUGGAGAAGGAUUGCAAUCUCAAGUCGAAAUUAAAAAAGUUACAAAUAUAUUUUAUGUUUAAUAAUUUAUGUAAACGCAAAUCCAUAGAUUUCGAACAACACUUGACAAAAUUAUUAACACUUAAAACACAAAAGACUUCAUUGAUCAUUAAUGAAAGAAGUUUCGUGAGUGUUGGUAAAUCGAUCAAGUUAAUUGUUGGUUGAAAAACUUAGAGUCUCAGUGUAGCUGAACGGGACAAGUACAGUGAUAUUGGCGUAGAUAUUCGACCUACUCCUAUUUUCUAUUGUAUAUGCUCCAAUAUCUUAAUAAGCACGAUUCGUGCGCCACCCUGUAAAAGUGUUGAAAUUUAUUGAGCUUACAAAAGAGUCUGGGAAUAAGCUUGAAACAAAUCGGUCGGAUUUUAAACCCAAAGAUAGGACAAAUAAACUCCAAAAAUGGUUGGUGUUGCUGCCGGCUCUAACGAGCACAGUAUGUCGUCCACGAAGAAUCCUAUGAUAAAGUAUAUGCUGAAAACACGAGAGAAUCAUGCACGUAAUCAGAAAUACGACUACUCCCAUGUCUUUCGUCGCAAGACACGUUUCGAAAUGUUCCGACUCUCUGUCAUUGCGAUGGCCAUUGAGUUCGCCUAUGCCGCAGAAACGUCUUUUGUUUCGCCGAUAUUGUUACAGAUUGGCAUUGACCACAAACUCAUGACUAUGGCUUGGGGUGUUUCGCCGAUAAUCGGUUUCUUUAUCUCACCGCUAUUAGGUUCGCUAAGUGAUCGUUGUACACUUAAUUGGGGAAGACGUCGACCGAUUAUUACUUUCCUGUCGGUGGGUAUAUUACUUGGCUUGAUAUUGGUACCAUGGGGAAAGGAUCUUGGGAUAUUAUUGGGUGAUAUCGGCUAUAAUGUAACAACAACCAGCAAUUUGAGUGUUGUGAAUGAGGGAUUAGAGGCUGCCUUGGUAUCAAGUGAAGUGGACAGUGCAGAGGGCCCAUUACCUUCCAAUUUCAAAUUUGCCGCAAUAUUGACAAUUUUGGGUAUGGUGAUGUUAGAUUUGGAUGCUGACACGUGUCAAACACCGGCUCGUACGUACAUGCUGGACGUGUGUAUACCCGAGGAUCAAGCUCGUGGGCUCACCACCUUUUCACUACUGGCAGGAUUCGGUGGUACAAUUGGCUACGCUAUUGGAGGUAUCAAUUGGGAGAAAACAAAAUUUGGUGCAGCACUUGGCGGUAAUAUUCCUACAGUUUUCGGAAUGGUUACCGUUAUAUUCAUAAUUUGCUACUUUGUCACCAUUACAACGUUCCGCGAAAUUCCGCUAAACCUGAUUGAGCGUGACGAAAUGUUGAGACCUCUUUCAGCGUCAGCUAUCAAGAAAGAAAUCAGUAAAAAGAACAAUGCCAUAUACUACAUUAAAGAGACUGAUGUGCUGGAGUUACAAAAUGCUACAGCCCAAAAGAAUUACAAUACAAUGACUCCAAUGGGUAGCUAUCAGAACGGUAUUUCACCAUCUAAGGAAAUUACAGGUAAAUCAAACGAGCCAUCUCAAUCAAAUAACAAUAGCACUAUGGCUAUUGAAUUAGAUGAAUGUGUGGAUACGCCCAUAACUUUGGCGAAGUACCUGAAGAGUAUUUUUAUUAUGCCGACUUCAAUGCGCAUACUCGCUUUAACGAAUCUGCUUUGCUGGAUGGGUCAUGUGACAUAUUGUUUGUAUUUCACGGACUUUGUGGGCGAAGCUGUAUUCAAUGGUGAUCCAACGGCUUUGCCGGGCACAGAAGCAGCUCAGUUAUAUGAAGCUGGCGUUCGUUUUGGCUGCUGGGGCAUGUCUGUGUAUGCUCUAUCCUGCUCCAUUUACUCAAUAGCAGUAUCAAAGCUGAGGAAACUGUUAGGCACUAAGGUUGUCUAUAUUACUGGUAUUGUGUAUUAUGGCGUCGGUAUGCUGAUAUUGGCCAUUUGGCCAUCCAAGUGGGGUGUAAUCGUAUUCAGCACUUCGGCCGGCAUAUUAUACGGCACUAUUUUCACAAUUCCAUACAUUUUGGUAGCCAAUUAUCAUGCCAAAGAUUGUUUCCGCAUGCAUAAUGGUGAGUCGGUUCCGCUAAAACAGGCGCGUGGUUUGGGCACCGACGUGGCCAUCAUAAGUAGUAUGGUAUUUAUAGCGCAACUGGUAAUCUCGCUGUCCAUAGGUCCAUUGAUUUCCUGGAUGCAGACAACGUGUGCCAUAUUAUAUGCGUCUACGUUUUUAGCAUUUUUCGCAGCAAUAUCAGCCACUUUUGUCUUAUACGUUUAAGGUUUAAUAUCAUUAUUUCACAGAUUAGAUACCAAAAAUGACUCAUAUCCCAUGAAAUUAUUAGGCUUAAAAAUGUUUUCUUGUAAAUUUAUGCGAAUUAAAUAAAUUUGAAAGAUUUAAAGUAUUAAAGUA